AUGGUUCUCGCGGUCGAUCUCCUCAAUCCUACUCCUCAGUCCGAGGCUCGCAAGCACAAGCUUAAGAUGCUCGUGCCUGCUCCUCGCUCCUUCUUCAUGGACGUCAAGUGCCCGGGCUGCUUCACAAUCACCACCGUUUUCUCACACGCCCAGACCGUCGUCAUCUGCGCCGGCUGCUCGACCGUUCUCUGCCAACCUACCGGCGGUAAGGCCCGUCUCACCGAGGGCUGCUCUUUCCGACGCAAGUAG